UUACACCUAGCUAUAAAUUCAGCCCUUUUUCAGUCCGAGCUGUUGACGCAGAUUUGUCCAGAUGGCUUUUUUUUUUUUUUUUUUUGCGCUCUUGUAGAACUUCCCCUGUUUCUGGAACAGUCAGAAACGGUUCGGUUAAAAAGCACUUUAACGCUUUAUAGCAUUUCUCACGGCGUUUUUUUAUUUUUUUUUUAGCGAUUUGAGAACACCAGGUAGGUGGAUGCUACUCUAUUGGCAUGAAUGGGACCUCCGUCUGAUUGCUCGGACCAAACCACAGCGAUCUCGCCGUCUUUUGGUGUCUCCCGCUGGAUCCUACAGGAAAUGAGGGGCUCGGCUCAUGGUGACUCAGCUGCAGCUGCGCGGAUCGUGUUUAGUCGGGUUUUUUUUUAAAAAUCUCUCUGUCUCUCAACAACGCUUCUUCAAGACUUAAACACCGCUAACGUUCAUCUUCAGCCGUCCACAUCUUGCUUUCUGGAAGGAAUAUACGAUUUACUUGGGCAGUAACAAGGUGGUUCUUAUGAUUUGGUCUUUGGGGACAUGAGCUGACACUAGACUGGCCUGGCUUUUGUGCUGUGCUCUGUGCAAAAUAGCCCCCUUGUACAGACACACACAUCCACAUCGACACUCAUAGCCACGCCUGCACACACUGACACCUGGUUUUAGCAGCGUGGCGGGCACUGAGGCUGAGCGUGAUGGCUCGGAGGAGCAGGGCCAUGUGCCUUUGCCCCACAGAGCACUGGUGAGUUUGGGGGUGCUGCUGGUGGCUCUCGGUGUUGUCCUCAUGAUGUUUGCUACAGUGUACACUGGUGCAUUUGGUUCAGCCCUCGCUGCCCUUGGCUUUGGUGUUCUCAUCUACUCCUUCUGCAGAGUAAUGAAGUCCAGCAACCACAACAUGACCAUCCCAGGUCACUUUCUGCUGCACUCACGCACCGGCACCCAGUACACAUAUGAGCAAGCCAUCGCUUUGCAGAGGAGGCUAGACAGGAUCCGCAGGGCUUCAGCAGAAGAGCGCCGCUCAGCCCAGAGCCCCCCUCCAAUACUCAACACUCUCAACAGCCUACCUGGAACGCCACCUCCCUGGGACAUGGAGCCUCCACCAUCCUAUGAGACUGUCAUGAAGACCACCACACUCCCACAUCCGGCAGUGAUCAUGACUCCGUCCUCCUGACCACAUGAGAAUGAUGAUAACCAAUUAGGUGCUAUUGAGAGCUAAGUGCCGAGUCCCAGACUGUACUUUUUCUGCAUUUGUAGUGAAUCACUCAGGCAGAUUGAAAACCAUAAGUGUCCACAAUAAGAGCAUCUGAUGAGCUCUAGGAAGUAUAUGCAUUGCCUCAUUGAUGGCUUAAAUGCUAGUCAUAUGACUUCAUAUGACCUAAUAGUACUAAGUAAUGGUACAUGCAACUUUAACCCUGUGUAGAAAAUUGUUUACAAUUUAAAAGUGGCCCUGACAUGGAAAUCUGUAACAGAGUAAAUAUUUCAGUGAUUAGAAGUAAAGAGUUUCCCCAAACUUUUUAUUUCUAAUAGAUGGCUGAAAAGUUUUUGUACGAUCUGUAGCUAAAACUCUGCUAAAAAUGAGACACGAGUCAAUUUCAUGAUUCAUAAAUGAGCUGACUGUUUUUUUUGUUGUUGUUGUUUUUGUACUUUUUGUACACAAUUUUCAGGGUGUCCUUUUGGUUUGGUUUCUCCUUCACUGAUGGACAAGCAAACUCUGCAAUUUCUAUGGAAACAUAGAUUUCCAGAUAUUUUAUACCAGGGAAAAACAAUUCUCCUUAUCUCUUUAUAAUGAUUGAGGCAAAUCAUUUAGCUGUGUAUUUUUUGUACUUUAAAACAGCGGUGGAUAAAGUGGAAAAGUAGUACUCCUCAGGAACAAAACAAAAAAAAAAACUUUGGCCCGCCGGGAGAAGGCGAUUAUAGAAUACUAGAGCAAAAAGUUUCCUUAUGAGAAAAACUGUUAACUAUCCAAAGAACACUUUAUAAAAGUAUUUUCUUUUUGAAACUACGAAUGGGAGAAAAGAAGGCUGGUGAUGUGUCUGUAAAAGCACAUGCAAGGUCAAAGCUGUGUUUAAUAACAUAUUUGACAUAAAUCAUUUUAGCUUCUUUCCUUUUAUACUUGCUUUUGAGUUUAUUCUUUUUUUUUAAGUUCUUAUUUUCAGACAGCAUUUCGAAUUGUUCCUGACAAUCACUGAGCUGGAGUUCAUGUAUUAGAUCUAGACUAAUGCCUGUUGGGGCAUUUGCAUUUCUACAUUACAGAAUAGCAUAAAACACAAAGAAAGAUCUGAAAUGAAAAACAGAUAGGAAACUACGGUAAUGAAUAUAAUGUCCCUGCUAGGAAUAGACAGUGCCAAGAAGAGUUCUGUAAUGUUGCUAUUAGGAAAGUGUGACAAAAUACUUCACCCCACAUUCCUUACUCUUUACAGGCUUCAUUUUAUCAUACAAUCCCAGGAUUAAUGCCACUACACUAGCACUAUGGUGCAAACGGGCCCUGAAAGGGAACAGAUUUUUUUUGAACUGAUGGACAGACUAGAUUGUAAUAGACGUUUGAAAGCUUGUGUGUUUAGAAUUUUUGUGUGCGUAUGGUGAUUUACUGGUCUUGCUUUGCUAGCUGAAAGCGUUUUCUGUUCUAACUGUGUAUUUAUCCUGACAGUGGAUUUUUUAAACAAUGUAAAUUCUUGGUAGUGCCUUGGACCACUGAUCAGUUUAAUGGCUCAUAAACUUUAACGUCUUGGACCAGCUAGUGUUAUUUAAGAGGAGGUCAUUCUCGAUUUUCAUUUCGCCACAAGUUUGUGUAGUGACAUGUUAUAAAAGCAGUGCACUGCCCUGAAUGAAUGUAAAACUCUUCUCUUUUCCACUACUUCUCUCUUUUUUUACACUUCUCACUAUACAGGCUUAUAUGCAACAGGAAUUUUCAGUCAAAUAUCGUGUAUGUCUGUGUUGUGUUUUUCAUUUGUCACUCUUGAUAUUUUGAUGUUUAAUGUCAAAUAAAAUGGUUAAAUCAA